AUGAAUCAAGAACAUUUGUCUCAUCUCGAAUCAAUCUUUAAUGAAUGUGAUCGAAAUGGAAGUGGGUUCAUCGAUAAAGAUCAACUUAGAGAGUUGGUAACUAAAAUUACUUCAACUGGGUUAGAGGAAGAUGAAUUAGAUACCUUGAUGAAGACACUCGAUAGUGACAACGAUGGAAAGAUUGCAUUGCAAGAGUUUAUCAAUGGUUACGAGUUAAUCGAUCCAGAGUUACUGAUAAAUGACGAUAACAACGUGGAUAUCGAUGAAAUAGAUCAACAAAAGAUUGAUGAAAUCUUAAAUUCAAGUACUGUAAAACUUUCAUCACCUGAAGAUUAUGAAAGAUAUAUUAGAUCGAUUUUCAAUACAUUCGAUACAGAUGGUGAUGGUAUUGUCAAUAAAGAACAGCUUAGAGAGAUGCUCUUGGAUAUCAAACAAAAGAGUGAUAUCGAGGGUGACGAUGAGGAUAUCGAUUAUAUUGUACAGGUUCUCAGUGAGGGAAGCAGCCCUGACGCUAUUUCAUUCGAUCAAUUCAUGAGUGCCAUUGAGCAUAUCAAUUCACCAUCAGAGGAUCAAUCACCAUCAAACUCUACAAUCGAUUUCAAUAGCGGAAGCAACGGCGGUAAUAACAAUGCACAUAAUGAUUCGAUCGAUGAGCAAGAUCAACAACAACAACAACAAGAGGAUACAGAGGAUCUUUCAAGCUUCUCAACAUCCUCCAGUAGAAAAGCAAGAAAUAGAGCAUCGAGUUGGGUUGCACCAGUCUCCAUUGUUCAGAUGAUAAAGAAAAAGUCGGAUCUCUUUGAGAAACAAGAGAUUCAAGAGUUCACCGAUGCAUCGCUCGAUCAAUCGGUGGUCGACCAAUACAAGCGUAAGGAAGCACAGCUCAAGAGUGAGAAUCUUCACUUGGGUUCAAAGAUCAAUAUGGUGGAGGAUCAGUUGCGUGAGGUCAGAGAGUCACACGAGAAGCUCUCAGAGGACAAUGCACAACUCAAAAAGUCGGUGGUCAUCGAGAAGAUCGCUACACUCGAACUGCAGUUGGCUGCAGCAAACUCUGUGGUCAAGGCACAGUCCAGCCAGAUCAUCAUCCCACCAGAGGAAGCCGAACAACUCAAGAGUGAGAAUCAAUUGUUGCGUGAGCAACUCAAGAGUCACGAAUCUCAGUCAUCAGAGAAUAUCAAGUUGCUCACUGACGAGUGUAUGUUGUUGAAGAAUCAGAGCAAAGAGGACAAGGCACGUCUUGAGUCAUCGAAUCAGAUCAUCCACAAGCUAAAGGCAACUCUCGAGGAGAAAGAAUCGCGUUCACACAACUCUGAUCCAAACUACAAGUUGUCAUUGUUGAGCGAGCUCGAACACCAAGUUGUCACCAGAAUGGGAACACCGGGUGGUUUCGAAGAUUCCGCUUUGGCCAACGGUGAGCGUGGUAACUUCUCACCGAUCAUCUCGUCGUCGACACCAAUGAACACACCAUCGCAAUCGACACCAAUUUCAAUUUCAACCAACGGUAGAGUGAGACCAGAGACAACUUCCGACGAUGAAGACUUUAGUCUUGAGGAAUCCAACAAAGAUUCUUCAGAGUGGAAAGAGAAAUACGAUGCAAUGGUACUUCAAUUCCAAGAGCUCCAAGCCAAGUUGGAAAGUGAACUUGCUACCAUUGCCAUCUUGCGAGAGGACGUUGUCAAUAAAGAGAAGCAAAUCGGUGAGAUCAACCAAAAGCUCGAAGAAACCAACCAGAAACUUCAAGAGACAAACCAAAAGAUUGAAGUCACCAAUCAACAACUCCUUGAUACCAAUCAAAAGUUCAAUGAUACCAAUCAACAACUCCAAGAUGCCAACCAACAACUUCAAGACGCCAACCAAAAGUUCAAUGAUACCAAUCAACAACUCCAAGAUGCCAAUCAGAAACUCCAAGAGUCAAGCCAACAGGUGUCUCAACUUUCGCUACUCAAUCAGAAUAUGAAUGAUACGAUCGCCAGUACCUCAUCGACUUUGGAGCUCACAAAUCAACACGUCGAUUCAUUGCAAUCGCAAGUAAAGGAUCUAGAGCAACGACGUUCGAAGCUUCAAGACGAGAAUCAAUCACUCAAGAACCAACAACAAGUCAAUCUACCACAAUCAAUCGAUCCAAUUCACAUAAAGGCUGAACAAACACAAAGCGAACUGUCACUUCUCAAGCAACGUGUAGAGGAACUCGCCAACACCAAUAAUAGCCUUUUGAAUGAAAACUCACAACUAAAGAACAACUUCUCACCGGUCAACUCUACCACUGAGCUGGCUGCACCAACUACCUCUGUUAACUCGUCGUUGGCCGCUGACGUCAGCGAUGCAUCAUUGAACACAAUCGAUGAACUUCAGCACCAAGUCACCAAUCUCACAGCCGUCAAAGAGCAACUGGAAGCCGAUCUCUUCAAGCACCAAGCACAGUUGGCAGCUGCAACCGCAGCACCAGCAGUGCCCGCUAACAACAGUCUCAUCGACGAACUCAAGCGUGAGAAUGAAAAUUUGAAAACAACGGGUCAAAAAUUGGACGAACGUAAUCGUAUUUUGGAAUAUCAAUCGAAUGGUGCCACAGAGGAGAACAACAAUCUUAAACAACAACUAUCAACCCUCAACAAUAAUUUACAAAACGUCAAACUUGAAUAUGAAGCUAAAAUGACAAACUCUGAAAAGAAAAAGUUACAAAAAGAGAAUGAUGAACUUAAGCAACGUCUAAAGAAGUACGAAUCCGAGGACCACCAACACGACAUUAUCGAAAUGGAAGAUGAAGCCAAGCUCCUCAAGGCCAGACUUGAAGAUCUCAACUCGAAACUUCAAAACGAAAGAAACCUCAACAAAUAUCUGCAGUCACAACUCGAUACUCAAGAUCGUUCGAUCAACGUCGAUCAAACACCACUCAUUUCACACAACAAACAAAAGAAAUCAAGACAAUGUUGUGGAUUCUUCUAA